GGGGCGCCCGGGCCGGGGUCCAGCAGGCGGCGGCGCGGAGCCCGGGCGGGCUCACUCCGGCCGACCAUGCCCGCCUCGCGCGUGGAGUACAUCGCGCCCUGGUGGGUGGUGUGGCUGCACAGCGUCCCGCACCUCAGCCUCCGCCUGCAGCCGGUGGACAGCACCUUCCGGCCCCGCGAUGAGAGUUACCAGGAGUCGCUGCUGUUCCUGGGGCUGCUGGUCACCGUGGGGCUGGGCCUGAACCUGCUCUUCCUGGCCGCCUACCUCAUCUGCCGGUGCUGCCGGCGGCCGGCCCAGGCGCUGGCCACCAAGCGGCAUGAGCCCUGCAGUGUCACCUGGACGGCCGUGCUGGUCGGGCUGCUGUGCUGCACUGCGGUGGGCGUCGGUUUCUAUGGCAACAGCGAGACCAACGACGGGGUGUCCCAGCUGAUCUACUCCCUGGAGAACGCCAACCACACCUUGGCCGGCAUCGACGAGCUGGUGUUCGGCGUCACGCGGGGACUGCGCGGGGACCUGGAGCGGCACCUGGCGCGGCUCAGCGAGAUCCUGGCCAGCCGCGGGGACUACGUGCAGACGCUGAGGUUCCUGCGGCAGGCGGCCGGCGGCAUCGAGGCCCAGCUGGCCGUCAUCCCCGUGUGGAGGGAGGCCACCGGCGCGCUGACCGAGGCGGCCCACCAGGCUGACCGCGUGGAGUAUUACAGGUGGCUCUCCUACCUCCUGCUCUUCAUGCUGGACUUGGCCAUCUGCCUCCUCGCCUGCCUGGGCCUGGCCAGACGCUCCAGGUGGCUCCUGGCCUCGAUGCUGGGCUGCGGGGUGCUGGCCCUGCUCCUCUGCUGGACGUCGCUGGCUGCGGACACGGCGGCGGCAGUGGCCACCAGCGACUUGUGCGUGGCUCCCGACGCCUUCAUCCUGAACGUCACCGAAGGCCACCUCAGCACAGAGGUGACGCGCUACUACCUGUACUGCAGCCCCAGCUCCAGCAGCCCCUUCCAGCAGGCCCUGACCGUGUUCCAGCGCUCGCUGACCACCAUGCAGAACCAGGUGGCCGGCCUGCUCAAGCUCGCCCUCCCCUUCUUCCCCACGGCAGAGGACGACCUGCUGGCCAUCCAGUUCCUCCUGAACUCCACGGAGUCCAGCCUCCACCAGCUCACGGCCUUGCUGGACUGCCGCGGACUCUACAAGGACUACCAGGACGCGCUGGUGGGCGUGUGCUACGACGGCAUCGAGGGGCUGCUGUGCCUCGGCCUCUUCUCCCUGCUGGCCGCCCUGGCCUUCUCCGCCAUGACCUGCACAGGGCCCCGAGCCUGGGCCAGCUUCUCCUCCAGGGACCAAGACUACGAUGACAUCGACGAGGACGACCCCUUCAACCCCCAGGCCCGGCGCGUGGCCGCCCACAGCCCGCCGCGGGGGCCUCUGCACAGCUUCUGCAGCUACAGCAGCGGCCUGGGCAGCCAGAGCAGCCUGCAGCCCCCCACGCAGACCAUCUCCAACGCACCCGUGUCGGAGUACAUGAACCAGGCGGCGCUCUUCGGAGGAAACCCUCGCUACGAGAACGUGCCUCUCAUCCGACGGGGCUCGCCGCCUCCCACGUACUCGCCCAGCAUGCGGCCCGCCUACCUGUCCGUGGCCGAGGAACAGCACCUGCGGCACUACGGGAGCGAGUUUCCGGCCUAGCGCCCGUCGGGGCGUCCUGCCUCGCCGUCCGCCCUUCCGCCAGGGAGGAGCCGAGAGCAUCGGGGCCUGGAGCAGACCAGACCGCCGGGACUGACGGCACGGGGGGGCCAGCUGGGGCUGGGGGAGAAUCAGCCCCCGCAGACACCAGGCUCUCCGCUGCCCACCUGGCCCGCAGGUGCCCCCAGCCGGACACUGACCAUCCAUCCCCGCCGGACACUGACCAUCCCCGCCGGAAGCUGGACAUCAGGGCAGCUCACGCCUCUGUGCCCCCGGGCCUGGGGGCGUGGCAGGGGGUGGGGUGCCACCGCAGAGGGGCCAGACUCCUGCGGGUGGACGCGGGGCCUCAGCAGAGAUGCACGUGCGGAGCCGGAGCCUGACCCGUCCAGUGGACAGCGGGGUGGGGCGGCCGCGGGCUCCGCCACGGUCUGACUUUGCAGCACCACCCUGGGCGGGAACACGGGCCACCGUCGACCCGCAGUCGCGGCCACUCUCUCGCCCCUGCCCCGCAGCUGGGCGUGGGCUGCGGCCAGCCCAGACUCAGGUAUCCACGGACGCUUUGGUCGCCAGUUUAACUCCGCCUGUUUUUCCCCUUUUCCCAGUGUUUUCUCGAUAUGUUGAUUAUCCAAAGAACCGGCCCCCUUGCUCCACCCGGUUUCCACGCCCCGCUUGGCUUUCUGGCUUGGGCUGGUGAGAACUGACCCUUCACUGCGCCGGGAAGGCGAGUGGCCACAGGGGCGGACCCCCGGCUCCCGGCAAGGACGGAUGGAGAAGGAAGAACAGAGAGACACCCCCUCCCACCCCCCCAGGCCACGGCCACACGUGCUGGCCGGCCCCGUCUCCGUGUCUCCCAGCAGGCGGCCCUCGGGGGGAUGUGUGGGUACACCGCCACUGUCCCGGGACCCCCAGCACCCGGCACGCCUCCCAGCCACUGGGCAGCAGGAGGCGGUGAGGAGACCCCCAGCGUUGGGGUCUUUGGUGCUUUCAGCCUCCCGCCGACUCGGGCAGGGAGCCCACACUCCAGGUCCCCCCGGACGGGGACGCUGACCACAGCACUCGUGGCCCGCCGUGCCACGGCGGUUUUGCUUCCUAAUGCCGGGCCCUCGGCCAUGGGUGCGAGCCUAACGCCUGUCAAGCACACUCGCAUCCCGGGUGCAGGAAUAAAGCCCUCGCCUCGCCCCUGCCCGGCUCUGCCUCUGGGAGUGGGGGGGUGGAGGGGGGCAGAGGGUGGCCCCCCCAGCUGGGCUUGGCCAGGGGAGGCUGGUGACCCGUGAGGGACUCAGCAGGCUUCUGGCGGGCCCUCCAGUGCCCUCCCCCCAGCCCCACUAUCGUUUUUUUGGUUUUGUCUUCUCACACCCGGAGGUGAUCAGACUUUACUCCUGGCUCAGUGCUCCUGCCUCCGGGCGCAGGGCUCACUCCUGGCAGGCCUGGGGAGGUCCUGGGGAUCGAACCCCAGUCAGCAGCGUGCAACAAGAAACCUGCCCACUGUCCAUCUCUCUGGCCCCCUGCCCCCCAUCUUCAGACUAAAGACAGGCCUUCCGCCGUAGCCAUUUAAAAUGUAAUAAAUGCAGCUUAAUAGGA